CAAAGCAGGAGGUCUGUCGUGCGCAUGCGCAGUGGUCACAGAGCCAUCCCCACAUCCAGGGGUAGACUGGUGUGUGUGAUUGCCUUAGCUGCUGCUAUUCAACGUGGAGCCAUUAUCACGACCAAGGGCACCCGGGAGACACUCACCCCGCCGAACCGAGCCUCCAGCGAACCCAGCGGACCCAGCGGAGUAGUCGCAGUAUUCAGUCCUGAUCCCAGUUCAGCUGGUCCAGCCCUCUCCAGUCCUCUGAAGCUCAGCUGUCGUCCAGCAGAGGCAUUCGACUUCUUCUUCUUCUUCUUCUUCUUCUUCUUCUUCUUCUUCUUCUUCUUCUUCCUCCUUGCGAGCAAACAUGCCUCCAACGGUGGGUGGGCCAGUAGGGUACACUCCUCCUGAAGGUGGCUGGGGCUGGGCUGUGGUGGUGGGAGCCUUCAUCUCCAUUGGCUUCUCCUAUGCCUUCCCCAAAUCCAUCACAGUGUUCUUCAAAGAGAUAGAGGUCAUCUUCAAUGCCACGCCCAGUCAGGUGUCCUGGAUCUCCUCCAUCAUGCUGGCUGUCAUGUACGCUGGAGGUCCAAUCAGCAGUAUCCUUGUGAACAAAUAUGGCAGUCGGCCAAUCAUUAUACUCGGUGGCUGUCUGGCAGGGUCGGGUCUGGUCGCGGCCUCCUUCUGCAACACUGUGGAGCAGCUCUACUUCUUCAUAGGAGUAGUGGGAGGUUUGGGACUGGCGUUCAACUUGAAUCCAGCCCUCACUAUGAUCGGUAAAUACUUUUACAAGCGCCGGCCCAUCGCCAACGGGAUCGCUAUGGCCGGCAGCCCCGUGUUCCUGUCCACCCUGGCUCCUCUCAACUCCUGGCUCUAUGAUGAGUUUGGGUGGAGAGGCAGCUUCCUCAUCCUGGGCGGACUUCUGCUGAACUGCUGCGUGGCCGGUUCCCUCAUGCGCCCCAUCGGCCCCAAACCUCAGCCGGCAAAGCCUGACUCGGAAGCAGGUGAGGGCAAGGCGGUGGAUUCAGUGCAGCCGCAGCCCAAGAAGACAGUCCUGCAGACCAUCAACUCCUUCAUCGACCUGACGCUGUUCAAACACCGCGGCUUCCUGCUGUACCUGAUGGGCAACAGUGUCAUGUUCUUCGGCCUCUUCGCUCCGCUUGUCUUCCUCUCUAAUUUUGCCAAGAAUAAAGAUAUCAGCAAGGAGAAGGCGGCUUUCCUGCUGUCAGUGCUGGCAUUCGUUGACAUGUUUGCUCGGCCCUCCAUGGGCCUGCUGGCUAACACCAGGUGGGUCCGGCCUAGGGUGCAGUACUUCUUUGCUGCUGCUGUCCUUUACAACGGAGUGUGUCACGUGCUGGCGCCGCUGUCGGUGGACUACACUGGAUUUGUAGUGUACGCCAUCUUCUUUGGUUUUGCAUUUGGCUGGCUGAGUGCCGUGUUGUUCGAGACACUGAUGGACCUGGUGGGAGCUCAGAGGUUUUCUUCAGCCGUGGGUCUAGUCACUAUAGUGGAGUGUGGACCAGUGCUGCUCGGCCCACCGCUAACAGGUACUUUCUAUAACUACUACAACCACUAUAGCUACACCUACAUCACCUGUGGCAUCAUCCUCAUGGUUGCAAGUGUGUUCCUCUUCGUGGGAAUGGGCAUCAACUACCACCUGCUGGAGCGAGAGAGGAAAGAGGAGGAGAGAAGAGAAAGAGAGGAGCCCAAGGAGGAGCGCACCGCCAUGUUGGCGCCCCCCUCUCCGUCUAAAUCGGACGAGGAGGCGAACGAGGAGAACAGUGUACCGGCCGCUGUCACACUGGAUGACGUCGCCAAGAUGGAUGAGGACACGGUGUAGGAAAAAAAAAAAAA